AUUUGUUUGGUUUAUUUCUUAUUAAUCAUGUCCCUUUUCAAAACCAAGAAUGUGUGGUCUGUGUAUUGUGAAAAUGACGAAACCUUUGAUCAGAAUUCAAUGAUAGUUAGUCCAUUGAACAGUGAUGCUGAUUUUAUUAUAAUUGGUAGUCAUCAUGGGGUUUUGCGAAUAUUUCAACCUAUGUUGGAUAUUAAUGAGGGUAUCCUGCAGACAGGAUUCAAAGCUUCUGAUUUAAUCUUGGAAAAAUUAUUUGAUAAUCCAAUUUUACAGCUUGGUGUUGGGAGACUAGUUUCGGGUUCUGGUCUGAAUCACCUUGCAAUAUUACAAUCAAAGUUGAUUUCUGUAUAUUCCCUAGUGGUGAAAGAAGGUCUUGCUGAUCAUGGUAUACAAUAUGUUCUCAAACUAAUGUAUGCACAUGCUUUGAAGAGAUCUGCUGCAAAUUUCACUUUAGGUCACUUUGGUGGAACGCUAAACCGCGAUUUCAUAUGUGUACAAUCUUUGGAUGGACUUCUUACAAUAUUUGAACAAGAGUCUUAUGGGUUUUGCUGCUUCAUAAGUGUUUUCCUCCUACCUGGGCCUCUGGUGUAUCUGAAGAAAACAGAUAGUUUCAUCACAUCUGGUUCUAAUUGGUACAUUCAGUGCUUCAAGUAUAAAAACUUAUAUGAUGCUGGUCAUAGAACACCUGAUGAAGAACCUACUUCAACAAGCACCUCUAUCCUUUCCGAUUGGGAUUUUCAAAUGAAUGAGCCCGUUCUAGAAAUGUCUGUUGAGCAGUUACCAACAAAGGAGUUCGUUGUAAUGGUUCUAGGGGAGCAGAACUUAUAUUGCCUGAGUGAAGCAGGAAAACUGAAAUAUAUGAAGCGAUUUGACUUUUCCCCUUUAUGUUUUGUAUCCUACGUAUUGGAUAAUAAUAUCAUGACCAUUGUGAUAUCGGAAACUAAUACUGUUCUAAUAUAUCAAAAUACAACGCUAAAAUGGUCUGCUCAGCUCCAUUUUUUACCGAUAAAUGUGAAAAGAGCAAAUUUGUGGAAUUUGAAGGGAUGUUUAGUGUUAUUAUCAGACGAUGGAAGACUGGAAUGCAGUUAUUUGGGUACAGAACCAAGUCUGUUUGUGGCGCCCCCUUUGAAUUAUCAAGAAUUAGAUUUCGAAAAAGCUGAAGAAGAAUUGGCUACACUCAACAAGGUGAUAAAAGAUUUGAGUAACGACGAGGUAAAAUUAAGCAGCGACUACGUAAACAAACAGUUCACUAUAAAUCUUAUGAUAGAUCCUGAAUUAAAAACUGGCAUCCAUGAGCAUAACUUGAGCAUGGCACUGAACAACCAAAUGUGCCAAUUGACUAUUGAUAUUAUGGCCCACAAUCGUAUCGAAGAACUUCAAUUGACGAUCUUGGUGCGUAGACCUUUGAAAUGUAUCCCAGCGACGUUCUUCAAGACCGACGUCAAAGAAAAACUCCAAUUUACCUGCGAUAUUUUCCUCGACGAAGAACUAGAAAUACCGAACUUGAAUUGUGAAGUUGUUGCUAGUUUCAUUUCAGACAGUGGAACUCCUAGAAAUGUCCGGAAAACUACUGAGAUACCUUUAGGAUUGGUCGUUAAAUUUAGUCCCCCAGAAAAAGAUAAUGAAGUAAAGGUCAAUCUGAACGUCAACAGGGAUUUAGUUCCACUGUCGGUUCUGUUUUCAGAUUUUUCCAGUCACCUGCACCAUUCAAUUUCAGACUUGAUGCAAGAUAAUCCGGUGGAAGCUGCUGGAAACGCAGCCGGCUUCGCCAACGUAACGGAAUGUGGCAAAACGGCCUCGGUCCUAUUAGCGAAAUCCUCACAAAGGUAUCGCAUUCAAUCCGAUUCCCUCGUCUCUUUGAAUCUGAUGGUGGAGCAAAUGGUGUAUCGUUUGGGGAGAUACUUCCAGGACGAUGAAGGUUUUUCUAUCAAUUUUAGCGGGUCAUUGCCCAUUUCGCCGCUGAUCUCAUGCGUGCACAGGCAUUUCCAAGUUCGCACAGAAGUUGUUCGACUGCAGGAACAAUUAUCCGUCCUCAGUUCCCAGUAUCGUUUGAUAGAAAAGCGAUUAGUGGCGAAAUUGAAGGCCAAAACCCCGAUACCACUUACAAAUUUGGGAAUUCUUCUAGAUGAUACGUUCACAGAGAUAUCAACGACUACUGAAAAGUUUCUGAAGGAAAAUUCAGAAUUAAGAAGGGUUCAAGUUGAGCUUGAAUGCUGUCUGAAUGCUGUGCUAUGUUUGAUGAGGCUCAUGAAUGUUGAUAAGAAAUCGUUAAGUGUCAUUGAAUCCAUCUUUCAACCCUUCGUUCAUGAUAUAGAGAAUCAGUAUUGGGAAGAUGUUAUUGAGUGUGAUCUACAAUAUUUACUACGAACUUUUCUAGCGAAAUCCGAAAAAGAUAAAUUAAGAGCUGAAUGUUCAUCCUUUGAAGAAGUUAAGUAUAUAAGCAAAAUGGAUAAGCACUUAACUCUGGUUCUGGAGAGGAUUUCGAAGAAAAUAAUUAUGGAAACUCCCAACACCUCCGAAGAAAGAGGAAGUCCAUUUUCGAUCAAGGAGGAAGAACCACCAAUAGGAUUACAAAUAGGAAAAUCUAGUUCGAGGAUUCUAUCUGCUAGAGCUAGAGCUUCUACAAUAUCUCGUGUACCUGAGUCAACCCAUGAAGAAAAUGAAGAAGUUUGAAUUGUGGCUAAGAGAGAUAAAUUUAUCAAGACGAAUUUAUACACUGUUUAAUUCAAGUGUUAUU